GGGGCCGCGGGCGGCAGGCGGAUAAAAGGGCCCCGGGCGCCUCGCAGGCCGGUUCGCGCCGCUAGCCCGCGCCCGCCCAGCCCUGCGACGGUCCGCGCUCCAGCUGGUACCGUGGCCCCCACUGCCCUUGAGGUCACCGAGAUGUGGUCCCCGCCAGCCACGCUCUCCCUGUUCCUGCUGCUGCUGGGCCAGGCCCCUCCCAGCAGGCCACAGUCUCCGGCCUCCACGAGGCUCCGGCUGGUGGGCUCCGGGAGCAGGCCAGAGGAGGGCCGCCUGGAGGUGCUGCACCAGGGCCAGUGGGGCACCGUGUGUGACGAUGACUUCGCUCUCCAGGAGGCCACAGUGGCCUGCCGCCAGCUGGGCUUCGAAGCUGCCUUGACCUGGGCCCACAGUGCCAAGUAUGGCCAAGGGGAGGGGCCCAUCUGGCUGGACAAUGUGCACUGUGCGGGCACGGAGAGCUCCCUGGACCAGUGUGGGUCUAAUGGCUGGGGUGUCAGCGACUGCAGCCACUCAGAAGACGUAGGUGUUGUGUGCCACCCCCAGCGCCAGCGUGGCCUUUCUGAGAAGGUCUCCAAUGCCCUUGGGCCCCAGGGCCGGCGGCUGGAGGAGGUGCGGCUCAAGCCCAUCCUUGCCAGCGCCAGGCGGCGUAGCCCAGUGACCGAGGGCGCUGUGGAGGUGAAGUACGAGGGCCACUGGCGGCAGGUGUGUGACCAGGGCUGGACCAUGAACAACAGCAGGGUGGUGUGCGGGAUGCUGGGCUUUCCCAGUGAGCUGCCUGUCAACAGCCACUACUAUAGGAAAGUCUGGAACCUGAAGAUGAAGGACCCCAAGUAUAGGCUGAAGAGCCUGACAAAUAAGAACUCCUUCUGGAUCCACCGUGUCAACUGCCUGGGGACAGAGCCCCACAUGGCCAAGUGCCAGGUGCAGGUGGCUCCCGCACAGGCCAAGCUGCAUCCGGCCUGCCCGGGUGGCAUGCACGCUGUGGUCAGCUGUGUGGCAGGGCCUCGCUUCCGCUCACCAAAGGUGAAGCCACGACGCAAGGAGCCCUGGGCAGAGGAGCCCAAGGUGCGCCUGCGCUCCGGGGCCCAGGUGGGCGAGGGCCGGGUGGAAGUGCUCAUGAACCGCCAGUGGGGCACGAUCUGUGACCACAGGUGGAACCUCAUCUCCGCCAGUGUCGUGUGUCGGCAGCUUGGCUUUGGCUCUGCUCGGGAGGCCCUCUUUGGGGCCCAGCUGGGCCAAGGGCUGGGGCCCAUCCACCUGAGCGAGGUGCGCUGCAGGGGACAUGAGCGGACCCUCAGUGACUGCGUCACCCUGAAAGGGUCCCAGAAUGGGUGCCAACAUGAGAAUGACGCUGCCGUUAGGUGCAACGUCCCUGACAUGGGCUUCCAGAAUCAGGUGCGCUUGGCCGGGGGGCGCAGCCCUGAGGAGGGCGUGGUGGAGGUGCAGGUGGAGGUGAACGGGGUCCAACGCUGGGGGAGCGUGUGCAGUGACCACUGGGGGCUCACCGAAGCCAUGGUGGCCUGCCGACAGCUCGGCCUGGGCUUUGCCAACCACGCCAUCAAGGACACCUGGUACUGGCAGGGGACGCCGGGGGCUGGAGAAGUGGUGAUGAGCGGGGUGCGCUGCUCGGGCACAGAGCUGGCCCUGCAGCAGUGCCAGAGGCACGGGCCGGUGCACUGCUCCCACGGCACCGGGCGCUUCUCGGCCGGAGUCUCGUGCUCGGACAGUGCUCCCGACCUGGUGAUGAACGCCCGGCUGGUGCAGGAGACAGCCUACUUGGAGGACCGGCCGCUCAGCCUGCUGUACUGUGCCCACGAGGAGAACUGCCUCUCCCAGUCUGCUGACCGCAUGGACUGGCCCUACGGGCACCGGCGCCUACUGCGCUUCUCCACACAGAUCUACAACCUGGGCCGGGCCGACUUUCGGCCAAAGACUGGACGCCACAGCUGGAUUUGGCACCAGUGCCACAGGCACUACCACAGCAUUGAGGUCUUCACCCACUACGACCUGCUCACUCUCAAUGGCUCCAAGGUGGCUGAGGGCCACAAGGCCAGCUUCUGUUUAGAGGACACAAAUUGCCCCACAGGACUGCAGCGGCGCUACGCGUGUGCCAACUUUGGGGAACAGGGAGUGACUGUAGGCUGCUGGGACACCUACCGGCAUGACAUUGAUUGCCAGUGGGUGGAUAUCACAGAUGUGGGCCCUGGGGACUAUUUCUUCCAGGUGGUGGUGAACCCCAAGUAUGAGGUGGCAGAGUCAGAUUUCUCCAACAACAUGAUGCGUUGCCGCUGCAAGUAUGAUGGGCACCGGGUCUGGCUACACAACUGCCACACAGGAGAUUCAUACCCAGCCGAUGCAGAGCACUCCCUGGAGCAGGAACAGCGUCUCAGGAACAACCUCAUCUAAAGCCGUCACUGCACACUCCUAGCUGCUGUCCACACACCAGAUACCUCAGCUUAUUGGAGCCAUGCCCUUCACAGAGCCCUAACUCAGAGGAAAAGGGGCCAGUGCCAAGGGGCACCAAGAACCUGCUCAGGAAGCCUUUUGAUGGCAAGAUCACCAAUCCAGAUGGUAUUGCUCCUGCAGAAUGGCUCUGGGCCUGUCCCCCAAGGGCCUGUGGCCUAUGGAGCAUGGCUUCCAGGCUUUGUUCAGCUGAGCUCCUCUUCCAUAAGGAGACCCAGUCUUUCCUGGAUCUUGCUGCAGUGUUCCUGGGUUCAGGAGCUCUCAGUUCCUCAAGGAUGGACUACGGCCCUGUCCCCCAUCUAAGUGGUGCUUGCAGAUGUCUUGGAGGAGUAGAAGACAGAGGACCAAAAUACACAGUAGGUGGGGUUAGCUCUGUGCUAGGAGCUCAAAGCAACAUAAUUUGUGUCAAAGUCACAAGUGGCAGAGAAGCUGGUGAAUUCUGUUCCUUGCUUCAUCUGUCUUCAUUUAGAACUCACCUCUUACACUCUGCUAAGAGUCCAUUCUUCAGUGUCCUCACCUUUACCCUAUUGCACACAUGGAUGCUUCUGACUCCCCUGGAAGCUUAGGCCUCAGGCAUCCCCUGAUUGCCUGAUGAGCCACCACCACCAGUUAUUGAGUGCUUGAGAAGAGGCAAGUUUCACAGAAGUGGCCAGAGAGGGCCUUCCUGCAGAGCACCGAGAGUAGGCCUCAGAAAGACUGCUGAGGUAAUAUGGACCCUAGCCCCUGCCAAGGAAAACAUAUGUGCCAUUUACCUGGCAGGCAAUCCAAUCUCUCUCAGGAUCACCAUGCAUCUCAGGACUGGCCUAAAUUCCAAGUCUCAACCAAGUACCUGGAAUGAAUUUUUCAUUGCAUAAAUUUUUGCAAUGGAAAGAACAUCGGUCAAACAAGCCACUCAUCUCUACAGAAAUAUGUAGACAGGUCUAGUAGAAUGAGACAGAAGACUAUGGAGAAAGCAGAAGAACAUUCAAUUUAGUUAAGGAUAGAACCCAGAAAAGAGCACCAUCCCUGCUUGAAUGUGGCUGUGAUAUGCUCUUGCUCAGGUGGCAUAAAAUCCAAUGGUCUUCUUGACAUGAUUCUUGAGCUUUUCUCCACUGAGACAUACUUAAGAGAUGAUCUUACAGGUCUGACACCCUAAUGCCAAUAAAGGUUAUGACUGCUACAAA